GCCUUUCUUCCUGGCAAUGAUUAGCUAAUACAACCAUUGUCUGUUCUGGUCCUGUCAAGCUCAAGAAAGUGAAAUUACAUCAUCUGGGUAUACAGGAUGCUUGUCCUUUGUUAAUUCUUUUCUGUUUCUGUCCCACCCCCACAGUCACAAAGCAAAGGGGCAAGGAGAAAACAGGCCCAUGCCUGGACUGCUCCUCAUCACACCUCAGAUGUCCAAUUUCAGCCUCCAUUACACACACACACACACACACACACACACACACACCUGCAGCUUCUAUAUCACAGCAGGAAACACUCUCUGCAUUCUUAAUUCUGUUCAUAUCUUCUUCAUUUCUGAUUCUUCUCAGCUAGUCUCAGAGAGAAAGAGACCACCUUUCCCAGGAACCUACUUAUAAUACUCCUCCUUGCCCCCUCUUGCAGCCCUCGCCCCACAACCUUAGAAUAUACUUAAAAGAAAUAAAAAUUGUGGCAUAAUGUCAAAAGUGCCUUCUAAGGAAGGUGGAACAUGUUAAAGGAAGUCUUAGAGUUUCCGUUUCUAGUUAUUAGCAAAGUAGGUGGCCCUGGUGCAACAACCAGUAAAUCGAUUGGUUUGGAGAUAGUGGUUUAGAGGUGAGUUGGGGAGUACUGCCUGUCAGGGUGAAAACAAGUCAGACUUCUAAGGACAAUCUGUGAGGGAAGAGACCUCUCACCAUGGCCCACCGAUUUCCAGCCCUCACCCCAGAACAGAAGAAGGAGCUCUCAGAAAUCGCCCAGCGCAUUGUUGCAAAUGGAAAGGGGAUCCUGGCUGCAGAUGAGUCUGUAGGCACUAUGGGAAACCGCCUGCAGAGGAUCAAGGUGGAGAACACCGAGGAGAACCGCCGACAGUUCCGAGAAAUUCUCUUCACUGUGGAUGAUUCUAUCAACCAGAGCAUUGGGGGUGUGAUCCUUUUCCAUGAGACCCUCUACCAGAAGGACAGCCAGGGAAAGCUGUUCAGAACCAUCCUCAAGGAAAAGGGGAUCGUGGUGGGAAUCAAGUUAGACCAAGGAGGUGCUCCCCUUGCAGGAACAAAUGGAGAAACCACCAUUCAAGGGCUUGAUGGCCUCGCUGAGCGCUGUGCUCAGUAUAAGAAGGAUGGUGUUGACUUUGGAAAGUGGCGUGCUGUGCUGAGGAUCGCUGACCAGUGUCCAUCCAACCUCGCUAUCCAGGAAAAUGCCAACGCCCUGGCCCGCUAUGCCAGCAUCUGUCAGCAGAAUGGGUUGGUACCCAUUGUUGAACCAGAGGUCAUUCCUGAUGGAGACCAUGACCUGGAACACUGCCAGUAUGUUACUGAGAAGGUCCUGGCUGCUGUCUACAAGGCCUUGAAUGACCAUCAUGUUUACCUGGAGGGCACUCUUCUUAAGCCCAACAUGGUGACUGGUGGACAUGCCUGCGCCAAGAAGUAUACUCCAGAACAGGUGGCUAUGGCCACUGUCACAGCUCUCCACCGUACUGUUCCUGCAGCUGUUCCUGGCAUCUGCUUCUUGUCUGGCGGCAUGAGUGAAGAGGAUGCUACUCUCAACCUCAAUGCUAUCAACCUUUCCCCUCUACCAAAGCCCUGGAAACUAAGCUUCUCUUAUGGACGGGCCCUGCAAGCCAGUGCACUUGCUGCUUGGAGUGGCAAGGCUGCCAACAAGAAGGCAACCCAGGAGGCCUUUAUGAAGCGGGCUCUGGCUAACCGCCAGGCAGCCAAAGGACAGUAUGUUCAUACGGGCUCCUCUGGUGCUGCUUCCACCCAGUCACUCUUCACUGCCUGCUAUACCUACUAGGAUCUGCAGCCAGCCAGCCUUGCUCUAGCUCUUCUAGGCACCUUAGUUGGAGAGCUGAAAAGGAACAACCUUUCAAUGGACCCUGGAAAUGAGACAAUUUUAGAUCAGAACUACUGGAAAUACAGAAACAAAAAAAAAGAAAAAGAAAAAGGAAUCAAUUAUUGAAACAUACAAGUACAAAUAUCAAGGAUUUGACAAAAUUUUACACAACUCGUUUCUUGCAGUGCUUCCAGCUUGCCACUGCCCAGAGUAUUUAUUUAAAGAAAAUAGGCUUUAAAACAAAAUCGGCUAUCCAUCCAAAUAACAACCACCAAACGAAACAUCUGAAAAGCUGAGUUCCGAGAAGUGCAUCUUAUUAAACAGUCUUAGUAGUACUAGGUGAUGGAGACAGCUGCAACUGAAAGAGAAAAGUCUACAAACCUUUAGGUGGUAUCAGGUUUUACUCUUCUGCUCUUCCUUUCAAAGGGCCUAGUAUAUUCAUUACACUUGACUGCCCUAGAUAUGACUGACAUUAAUGAGGAGGACCCUUAACUUUGACUACUCAUUGCAAUCACCUGGAAACAUCUUAAAAACCUAUAUGCUAAGGCUACGCACCAGCCCAAUUAAAUCAAAAACUCUAGAUGUGGAAAUCUGUUUUAAGUAUUAGGGUUUCUUAAAGCUCUUUGGUGAUUCCAACGUUCAGCCAAGUUUGAGAACUACCAGCCUAUGUUUCAAGUUUGGAAAUAUUUAAAAAUUAAAGCCAUUCAUAAUAGGAAACAAGCUAAAAUGUAGCAUGAUUUUGAGCAACAUAUGGAGUGUAAUAAAAAAAAGGGUCAAUGUAACUUUAAUGCUUGGAACAUUCCUCUCCAAAUGGCUGAGGAGUGGUGAUGUAGGACUAUUACGGCUUUCGCUACACAUCCAAUCACACCAUCUAGUUUUGCAGCAAAUAAUAUUCACAUAAUUAUACUCUCCUGACAUUUGAUUUUAAGAAUUAACCUAUAUAAAAGAACAUUAGAAACAAUCAGAGUUACAAAAGAAAAUUUCAACAUAACAUUGGAAAAUGUAAAAGUAAUGAUUUAACAAAAGCUGGGAAACACAAGGGAGAGAAGGAGUGGAGGAAAGCAAAGGAGGCACUAAUUCACUUAGUGGGGAGUCAGGAAUACUACUUAUACAAAAAUAUUCAUGAAUUAAUAAAUCGUGCUUAAAUCUAUUUAAUCAGUAAAGGAAAUGGAUAUAAAUCAUUAAAAUACACAUCUUUUGUUUAAAUAUUUGUUGUUGUCAUUGUUAGGUGCCAUCGAGUUGGUUCAGACUCAUAGCCACCCUAAGUACCACAGAACAAAAUACUGCCCAGUCCUGUGCCAUGCUCACAAUUGUUGUUAUGCCUGAGCUCAUUGUUGCAGCCACUGAAUCAAUCCACCACAUUAAGGGUCUUCCUUUUUUCUGCCGACCCUGCACUUUACCAAGUAUAAUGUCUUUCUCCAGGGACUGAUCCCUCCCGACAAUAUGUCCGAAGUAUGUAAGACGUAGUCUCGCCAUCCUUGCUUCUAAGGAUCAUUCUGGUUUUACUUCUUUUGAGACAGAUUUGUUUGUUCUUUUGGCAGCCCACGGUAUAUUCAAUAUUCUUCACCAACACCACAAUUCAAAAACAUCAAUUCUUCUUAGGUUUUCAUUGCCCAGCUUUCACAUGCAUAUGAUGUGACUGAAAAUAUCGCUUGGGUCAGGAACACCUUAGUCCUUAAAGUGACACCUUGCUUUUCAACAUUUUAAAGAGGUCUUUUGCAGCAGAUUUACUCAAGGCAAUACAUCGUCUAAUUUUUUGACUGCUGCUUCCGUGAGUGUUGAUUGUGGAUCCAAGUAAAAUGAAAUCCUUGACAACUUCAAUCUUUCUCUGUUUAUCAUGAUAUUGCUUACUGGUCCCGUUGUGAAGAUGUUUGUUUUCUUCAUGUUGAGGCGUAAUCCAUACUGAAGGCUGUGGUCUUUGAUCUUCAUUAGUAAGAAAGUGCUUCAAGUUCUCUUCACUUUCAGCCAGCAAGGUGUGUCAUCUACAUAACACAGGUUGUUAAUGAGUCUUCCCCCAAUUCAGAUGCCCUGUUCCUCAUAUAGUCCAGCUUCUCAGAUUAUUUGCUCAGCACACAGAUUGAAGAGGUAUGACAAAGGAUACACUUUACCUGACUUUAAACCACGCAGUAUCCCCUUGUUCUUUCUGAAAACUGCCUCUUGAUCUAUGUACAUGUUCCUCAUGAGCAAAAUUAAGUGUUCUGGAAUUCCCAUUCUAUGCAACGUUAUUCUUAAUUUGCUAUGAUUCACAGAGUCGAAUGCCUUUCAUAGUCAA